AUGGCAUUCAUUCUCAGGAAGGCACUUCUCAGGACAGUCGUCACAGCUGGCUCCAGGAUCGCCCCCCGCCUGCAGCAGACUUCUAGAACCGCAGUCGCCAUCAGCUCAUGGCGCUCAUUCACCUCAAAGUCUGACUCAACAACCCCUCCUACCCCCGUGUUGGACCACGACGAUGCCCGCGAUAUGGACCCAGACGGUUUCCAAACCCCCUACACCAACCUGCCCCCACUCCCACGCGACCCUAACGAGUCUCUCCAGACGAUCCGCGCCCGCCUGACUUACCAAUCCCGCAAGCGUGGUAUUCUCGAGACCGAUCUGAUCCUUUCGACUUUUGCCAAGGAGUUCCUCAACAAGUUGUCGUUGGAGGAUUGCAGGAGACUGGACAAGUUCAUGGACGAACCUGAUUGGGAUAUUUAUUAUUGGGUGACGGGAAAGAAGGAGGUUCCUGAGAAGUGGAAGGGGGAUCCGGUGUUUGACAUGAUUGUUAAGCAUGCCAAGAAUGAAGGUCGUGUCGUCCGAUCCAUGCCUGCUCUCUAA